AUGGUACGUCAGCUCCACGAUGUUAUGAUGGCGCGAAUCACGCACAAUGGAGCUGUCGUAGACGAUUCCACCUAUUUGGGCAGCACCCUCUCCUAUAACCCCAAAAUCGACGAUAAAGUGGCCCGUGGAAUUUCCAAAUCUAGCCAAACCUUCGGCUGUCUGCAAAACACCGUCUGGUACACCAAACUGAAGAUCCACGAGGCAGUCAUUCUGUCGACGCUGCUGUAUGGAGCGGAGACCUGGACGGCGUACAAGAAGCAGGCCCGAAGUCUCAACCGCUACCAACUCAGCUGUUUUCGACGGAUACUAAAGCUGAGGUGGCAGGACCGGAUACCGUAG